GUGUGUGUGUGUGUGUGUGUGUGUGUGCACUCGUGUUUCUUACUUUGCAAGGUCCGAUGACAGGGAGCCCAGUCACGGUAUGGGGCCCAAAACCCUAAUGGGGCCCAAAAUGGUGGACCCCACUCCGAUUUUGAUCUAAUAUGGCUCUGGAGCCUCCCCUGAUAUGCCUCUUGCUUUUUUUUUACUUGGCCCACAAUGUGAUAAAUUAUGGGUAAAAGUGUAUAAGUGUGUGUGGAGAUUUUGCUCCAUAUCGCCCCCUACAGCUUGUCCUGCGCUAUCACCAAAGAUACACACUUCCGGAAGUGUGUAUCAUUUUAGCCAAUCAGACAUCGCCUUAAAUCUCGUAUGCCAGAUGGUCUCGCGAGAUUUGAUACAUGAACAUAUCAACACUGAACAUGCAGUGGCCUACAUACACCUGGCUCUGAACAACAGAGCCAUCAUGUUAAAAAGGAGGAAGAGGAUACGGCCUGCUGAUGACGCAGUGUCGUAUAUUCUGUCUUCAAGGGACAAGCCUCUGUUCAAAGAAAUCUUUAUUGAUAGUAACAAAGGAAGAGGAGUGUUUGCGAGUCAGCCCAUUGAACAGGGAGCUUUUGUCUUGGAGUACAGGGGUGAACUACUAUCAAAGGAAGAUUGCCAGUCUAGACAAUACUCUGAUAAACAGAGUACAUUCCUGUACGAGUUUCAAUGGCAGAAACGUCACUGGUGUAUCGAUGCAUCCAGAGAGGAUGGAUCCCUUGGAAGAUUAGUAAAUGACAACCACAAAUCUCCAAACUGCAUCAUGAAAAAAAUCAUAGUCAACGACAGGCCACAUUUGUGCUUAUUUGCUGUUAAGAAUAUUGAAGCGGGAACAGAAAUUGAUUACAACUAUGGUGAUUCACAAUGGCCGUGGCGUAAAAAGGUGACAAGCCACCAGACAGAGACGCUCCCUGUUGAUCAAACAUCCCAUGAGGAUUCAGACAUCGAUGCUGCUACCACACAGAUGACAAGCCACCAGACAGAGACGCUCCCUGUUGAUCAAACAUCCCAUGAGGAUUCAGACAUCGAUGCUGCUACCACACAGGUGACAAGCCACCAGACAGAGACGCUCCCUGUUGAUCAAACAUCCCAUGAGGAUUCAGACAUCGAUGCUGCUACCACACAGGUGACAAGCCACCAGACAGAGACGCUCCCUGUUGAUCAAACAUCCCAUGAGGAUUCAGACAUCGAUGCUGCUACCACACAGGUGACAAGCCACCAGACAGAGACGCUCCCUGUUGAUCAAACAUCCCAUGAGGAUUCAGACAUCGAUGCUGCUACCACACAGAUGACAAGCCACCAGACAGAGACGCUCCCUGUUGAUCAAACAUCCCAUGAGGAUUCAGACAUCGAUGCUGCUACCACACAGGUGUGUACUGUCAAAGGUGUUUCCCUUGUGGAUUAUCUGUUAACUGAUGAAACAGAUGAGGAUUGUAUCGAAGACCAACCUCUGACUCCACACUGUGAUGACAUUUUUGGAAAGCAGAGUAGGAGUGAAAACAUUCUGAUGGAUAGAGUAUCCGAUUUUUCUGAGCCUCUGUAUGAUUCAAAUGAGACUAAAGUGGAGGAAACCGAUGAAGAGGAUUCUAUAAUAGGCCAUUCCAGUGUGCAAGCAGAUGGGGAACUUGUUCCAAAGCUGAGAAGGACGAAAAGCAUUCUGGUAAACAAACUGCUGCCAAACGAAGCUGGACACCAGAGGAAUGUGCAUGCAUGUGAAUGCAUCAUGAUGAGCCAAGUUCCAAGGAAACAGACUGUCAGCGCUGCAUUACUGCCGAACCUCAAGCCCUUGCAAAUAGAGACUGGAAAGCAGUUAAAUUCUUCAUCAAAAAUCGAAUUACUGCCCUGAGGAGAAGAAAACUAUAGUGACAGCACUUCACUAAACGGGUAGAAACAUUAGGCUGGAGGGAGAACCCCUAAAAGUGUUUGUGCUCUUUCUCUAGUAAUUAGGGGUCCAAGCCCGAAGUGGCAUGGGAACCGCAUUUGCAAGGCAG